AACCGUAACAGCUGCGGGGAAGGGGAGGUUUGCAAACUUGAGCGAGGGAAACGGCGAAAUGGGCCGGCUCGUCCCCCCAGAGCCCUGCCAAGCCCGGGCUUAAGCGCAGAAGCCACUGGGAGAAGGGAAAGCGCGUGAAGGAACAGGGGAGCUCUGUUUCCUCCUGGCGUGGGCGAAGGAAGGGGAAGCCUCCGCGGUGUCAGCUGCUUUCUCUCCAGCGGAGUUUUCCAAGGUGUGGUUUACGAAGCCUCCCAUCCCUCUGGCGCUCGCGCCGAGCCCGGGGAGGGAGAGAGAAAGUGGGUGGGUUUGCUUUGCGCCAAGGCGCGCGAGGGAGGCAGAGCCAAGGAGCGCAGGAGAAUGCGGCGCCGCUCUCGGGGGACGCUGCGGAGACUGGCGGGGAGCAGCCACUCCUGAGCCGCCAACAGGGGCGCCAGACAGGUGAGGGGAGGGGGGCUGGCUGCCGAGCCCCGUGGUCCAGGCGGGCGCCUUCAGCUGCAAGACCGGCUGGCCCCCGCGCCCUUUCCGGGAGUGACACCUGGAGUUUGCAGCCGCCCGCAAGGCAUGGCCGCCCAAACCUGCCGGGCACCGACCCGCCUCCCUCCGCCUGGAAGAAAAGCCAAGCCGAAAGCUCCUCUGCCUCCAUCUAAGAGAAGAAGUGCUGAGUUUCCUUCAUUCGAUGAUUCAGACCUAACUAACUGCACUAUGGAAUUAAAAGAGAAUAUCAUUGACAGAGACAUCGAGCUGUCUGUGGUCCUCCCGGGUGAUGUGAUCAAGUCUACUUCUGUUAAUGGCAGCAAACCAAUGAUGGAUUUACUAGUAUACCUUUGUGCACAGUACCGUUUAAAUCCUUCAAGCCAUACAAUAGAUUUGAUGUCAGUGGAGAACAAACAAAUCAAAUUCCAGCCAAACACGCCCAUUGGAAUGCUUGAAGUAGACAAAGUGAUUCUAAAGCCAAAACAGAUGGAUAAGAAGAAGCCGACUCCUAUCAUUCCAGAGCAAACUGUAAGAGUGAUAAUUAAUUACAAGAAGACUCAGAAGACCAUUGUCAGAGUUAGCCCUCACACACCACUUCAAGAGCUCGUGCCAGUCAUCUGUAGCAAAUGUGACUUUGAUCCUUUACAUACCAUGUUGCUGAAAAGCUAUCAGUCUCAGGAAGCUCUUGACUUGGAAAAGUCACUGAAUGACCUUGGACUUAGAGAACUGUAUGCCAUGGAUGUCAGCCGAGUCACACCAACUUCUGAAUUCCACUUGUCAUCUUUGCACGAUGCUUGUCAAAACUCUCAGAAUUUGGACAUUUUGAAGGAGAAAGAAAAUAAAGGCUUCUUUAGCUUUUUUCAGCGAAGUAAAAAGAAACGAGAGCAAACUGCCAGUGCUCCUGCAACUCCACUGAUGAGUAAACCAAGGCAAACCUUCUUUGUAAGGUCCAACACAGUUUCCAAACAAUAUGACUCAAGCACCCUUCCAUCGGACAUGCCAAAAAAGCGACGUGCACCCUUGCCUCCGAUGCCAGCUUCUCAAAGUGCUCCUCAGGAUCUCACCCAAGCUCAGCACAGACCUGACACCUGUGUUGUGAAAUCUCGCAGUGUGGAUGAAACAGAUAAGGGGCUUUCAACAAUAGAAAGAACGCAAACAAGUUCUUUUCAGCGGAGCGGCACAUCCUCUGUUAAUUCUUCCUUGAGACGGGCAAAGCGCAAAGCACCGUCCCCACCUCCCAGAAGAGGCCAAAGUGACACCAGCAUCACAACAGAAUCAGAGUCAGCAGAAUCAGUUCAGACUGAAGAACUUUACAAAGGAAGAUAUUCAGAAGUAUUUUCUCCAACAGAUAAAGUAGUUGACCUAACCGGAACUUCCGCACCACUCUCUGCCACACGCGGCUUUGAGCCAGCCAGUCCCAAUCAAAACAAUGGGCAGCUAAAUUUGGGUAACGUUGAUAUUCCAGAUGAAUCUGAAGUGUCUCUGAAAUCUGACAUAGACUCUGAAUUUAGCCUGGAGGAGAUUGAUGAAAAGGAGGAGAUGCAUGAAGAGAGCACUGAUACCGUUCUCGAGAUUCAAGAGGUUUCAACCCCCAGUAUUGCUCCUGAUGCACCAAUCAGUUUUGGAAAAAACGAGUCUACUUCAUUGGCAGCUUCAGAUUCUGACAUUGCCACUGACGGUGAUGGGCAAAUCUCCAGGGAAGGAAAAAAUGAAGAUACAACUGCGUAUGAUAAAGGUCAACGCAGCCAGAGAGACCAUGAGGAAGCUUCGCUUGAGAAUGGCAAAAUAUUGGAAGCACUGCAUUCCAAUCAAAACAGUGAAAUAGGUCAAGAGGGUUCAAAAUGUCUUCCAGAAGAAAAGAAGAUUGUCGUGAAAGAUACCAAUAAGCUUGGAGCAGAACGUUUCUCAAACUGUCAAACUUAUCAAAGUAACGUCAAUCAGGAGCGCAAUCCACAAGUACUUUCAGGAGGUCUGGAACAAUCCAACUUUGAGCCAGUAAAGACUCAAGACAUAGCAAUUCAAACAACCCCACCUGCUGAUGGUUUUGUUCAGACUGAGCUGAAUGGGAGUACUCGUCUUCCAGGUAACAGACAAAGCACCAACAAAGAACUGACCCAUAUGCACAGAUCACCUCAGGAGAAUCAGUCAUCAGAGUUCGUACACAGGGUGCACAAGACUGUAGGAAUCUUGACGGAGUUCAGCUAUCCAGAGAAACAAGCUGUGCAGGAUGAAGUAAGGCCCAGCAGCAAUCAAAAUGAAGUUUCUGCAAAUGAGGAUAACACGCUACCCCAGAGAGUUCUCCAAAGUCCUGUCACUUCCCCCUCAAGGGGCUACCCGUUUUAUCAGCAACACUCAAGCCCUAAACCAAAGCCUUCCAAUGAGAUCACAAGAGACUACAUACCCAAAAUAGGAAUGACUACUUAUAAAAUAGUGCCUCCAAAAUUUCUGCCAGUAUGUAAGAGUUGGGACUCAGAGACUGCUGGAGAUCAGGAAACAGCCUAUUUACACAUGUCUCCUAAGAAUGAGAAUUCCCAAGAAUUUGGUACACAAACAGAAGUUUGUAAUACCUCAAAUCAAACAGGGCCCAAGCUUAUACAUGAAGUCGUUUUGCCAGGGAAUGAUCUCCUUCAUAAAACAUGCAAUGUUCGUGAUAAUGCCUUAGUUUCUCUCUCUAAUACCCAAGGCAAGAAAAUGGGAGCAGAACAUUCCAAGCCUAAUCCCAAUCAUGUAAUUGCUCCGUUGGCGCUAAGCAAGGAAAAUAAAAGCUUUUCGCCACCUGCCGUGCAUGAAAAGUCUAGUAUAUUAAGUCCUCCUGCAAAGCCAAGCGCUUUUUAUUUGCAGAUGCAAAAGAGGGCAUCUGGUCAUUACGUAACAUCGGCAAUCGCAAGAAGUACUUCGGUUAGUAGCCCUGUUCAUAAUGAAGCGAAAGGCAUAGUAGCAGAAAAGAAACUAGCAUCGCCAAAUCAGACAUCUUUUCCAUUUCCUAGAAUAGACAGUGUCCCUCCUCGGUCAGUUGAAGAAAAGGCUGAAAAUGGUCAUAGUGAGAAAAAAGCAGACGUCUCCACUUCUCCUGUAAAACAGUUCAAACCUUUGAAUUCUCCCCCUGCCCAGGCUCCGUCAUUAAACCUUAGAACUAUUAGGACUUUCCUCGUUCCACAACCUUACUGUAAGUCUAAACCCUCCCCUUUUGCUCUUGCUGUGUCAUCAGCUGUUAAGAGAUCACAGUCAUUCAGUGACACAUGCACCAGUCCAGGUGGAACAUUACAGGAACAAUCCUCGUUUGACCUUCCUUCACCAACGUCCAAUGCCAAGAUCAAGGACCAUUCUCCUUUGCAAAGCCCAAUGGGCGGGUCACAGCAGAGCAUGGCAGAGAAGGAAAGCAGUGAGCAAAAUCGGCAAAUGCCCUUUUUAUCUGGCCUCCCAACAGCUGCGGUCUUUGAGAAAGGGACUGCUGUAACGCUCCAGUGCCCUGACCCAGAACAGAUCCACCAGAGCUUGCUGGCUGCAAUCCGCUCUGGAGAAGCUGCUGCCAAAUUGAGAAGGGUUGGUCCACCAUUAAAUACAGUUGCCAUCAAUGGGAGAGCCAGUCUUGAUUCAUCAGUACCCGUAGAAGCAAGAUACGAUAAUCACUAGGAUUCCAUGCCAAAUACUUUGCACUUUAAACACCACUGCACAGAUCUACUUCAAAGUUAACUGCGUAUUGCUGAAAAGUGUUUGUAAAUGCAGGGUUCGAUGGAGUAUAUAUUGUCAAGUGGAGCAUAGAAACUUCACAUGGGGCCUCAAUGCCUGGGAAAUGGAAUUUAUAAUUUAUACCAAUGUUUUGUCUUUAAAGCUAAAAAUGCUGCUUCAGAUCUUAAAACGUGGAACAAGAGAGAUGCUGCCAUGAUAAUCAAACAUAUUAAUUUCCAUUUUACCCACAAUGAACGAGAUGUGUUGCAACAUGCUGUAUAAUGCCAGCCUGUGAGAUUUUUAAUGUUUAUAACUGCCUAAUAAUUAUGGUCACAAAUGUAUGUAUAAUUCUGCCAUCUGCCUUAUUUUGUUCCAUAGAAAUGAAAUACUGUAGGUUAGCAGGACACUCUCUAGAAUGCCAAUUUAUGCACAUUUUCCAACUAAGAGCAAGAUCCUGCUAGAGUUAAGGCAGAAGUCUAAAUAUCACUGAUUUUAUUGGGGGAUGGGCAAAAUCUGUUUAUUUUUCUCGAUAAAAAUCAAUGGGACUUAAAAGAGCUUACUUUUGGCUGGAUCUUGCACCUUCAGGUAUUAUAUGUGGUAGUAUAUUUUCUAGCAGCAAAGUGAGCGAAUAAAAUAGGAAGCAUCUAGCAAUUAGUUCAUUGUAUAACUCUUUGUAGAAAACAUUGCAAAAACAGCCUCACAGAGGUGCCUUACCGAUGUGAGACAUUACAACAGCAGUCCUUGCAACAUGCCAAAGACAAUAGCUUACGGAACGCACAUUGUGAUAAAACAGUACGGAAGAAUCUGAGCAGUAUCAUGAGCGUUUGGGCAGAUUCUAUUCUAAAUGAGGGACAGUUCACAUAGCCUGGAAGAUGUCAAGGAGGAAAAAAAGGUAGUGUGAAUAUUAAUCACACUCUCAUUCAGAGCUCAGCAGUGGGUCUUAGAGACAUCUAAUAUCCCACUCCUUUCCAUUCUGCAAAUCUGACACUACCGAGAGAGUUGAACAAAGAAAGGGGUAUGUGGUGACUAAGGCCAGCACUAUCUGAUCUACUGUUGAUGCAUCUGAGAAUCAGUGUUUGCUGACAAACAGUGCUGGAGUUGCUACAUCUCUGAGAAGUAGUGAAAACUGCCUGCUGAUAUUUAUUUGGGGGGGCAUAGCAAGGCAGUUUUUGAAUUUGGAGGGUCUUGAGAUUCUCAAGGGAGAGCAUCAGCACAAAACAGCCAAAAUUACAUUUGAACUAGAAUGCAAAUAUGUAAAGAGGUCAAUGCAAUUGAGCGCUUAUUUUUGUGUAUAGUUAUUUCCCUUCUGAAUACUUGGAAAAGCAGUAUCUUAUUUUUUAUGGGCUAGAUAACUUUUAAAAUUCAGGAGAAUAAAUGUAAGGAAGGAACUAUAAACUCCACUUUCUGCAUAUAGUAAGAGGUGGUGGUGAUUUGUGUACUAUAAAAUCAGUUUUAAUAAUUGCACAAUGCCAGUGAAGUAGUUUUAUCAUUUGUAUAAACUUCUACAGCCACAGAAUUAAAUGCCAGAUCUAUGCAAUUGAGCAGCAAUGCACAGACAGCAGAAUUCUCAGUAACAGAUGCACUUCUUCUUUCUCUUUUCCUAUCCAGUUGUAUGUGGCAUUUGCUAAUUUGAAAUUGCUGUGUGAUCCUUACUUUGAUUCAAGCGACUGAAUUGUAGAUAUGAGCAGCAAAUACUGGGAUAUUCGCUGUGUUCUAAAGUAAUUCAUGUUUGGUUUUGUUAAAUAAAAGGAAAUUGUAUUUAGUUUUAUGCUUAAA